GCAACUCAUCAAAAGGCCCAAACGCGCUUAGCCAUUUGCUGCGAUGUGGCCAUCCAAUGUCAUCGUGUUAUCUUUGUGCGGCUUGGUGGCCGCAGGUGACCAGUGCAAUUGCAAGUCAGCAGGGCUGAAGUGCUUCUACGACAGCUCUUGCCCAGGGCUGGGAUGCGGAGCUGAGGGGCACCCGAAUUGCAGGUUCUGCGGGGAUUCAGCUGGACAAUUUCAGGCAUGCCCCAGCAAGAAGGAGAUUGAAGCAGCGGCUCAGGCGACAACGCCCAAGCCAAAACCCAAGCUGAAACAUAUUGAAGCAGCGGCUCAUGUGACAACGCCCCAGACGGAGCAUGCAGAGAAGAGAGAUAAGCCAAAGAUGAGCGGGGACAAGGCCAUCAAAGCCAAAUCAAGCCACGACCGCUGCCCAUGCUGGCAUUCUACUACGCUGCGCUGCUUUUAUGAUGUCGGGUGUCCAGGAAUAGGUUGUGGGGCGCAUGGCCACGACAAUUGCCGCUUCUGCGGUGACAAAGCAGGGCAGUUCCCGGCAUGCCCCGAAACGGAGAUGCCCAAGCCGGAGCAGCCAAAGCCGAAGCAGUCCAAGCCAGUCAAGCAGACAGAUGCACAGCCCAGUCUUGAUGCUGAGCUCGGCGACGCUGUUCUCGACACGCCUAUGACUUUGGAUGUGUACCGGUGCAUGGCAGCCGCAGCUGUAGAUACGCAUCCUUUCGAAGACGAUGACAUCGCUGAUUUGACUGGUGCACUCAAAUAUGUACACACCGAGAUCCUGACGGAGCAUUUGCAAAGCCCCAUCCGGACCACCAGGAAGUACGCCAUAGAUGCAUUCACAGUGCAUCGCCUGAGGAUCAAGAAUCCGAAGACGGUACUCCACACUACCAAAGCUUUGCAAGGCGAGUUCAGCCAGUUUGUGACAUAUGACUUUGGCCAAGCUACAAAUCCUGCCCAGUUGCCUAUGCUUGCAGAGCAGGGUGACUUCGUGGGCAUCGCACCUUGCACCGACCUGCACUGCGAUGUGCGAUUCCCAAGCCAACGGCCAUACUCAUGGCUAUCCCUGGGCAACUGGUGCCCCAACUUGACAUGGGAGAAGAAAGGGACCAAGCAAAAGCCCAAUCCGAAAUGCUUGAAAUCACAGGGCCAGACCAUAAAAGGCGGGCUGUGCCCGAAUGGCUUCAACUCGAAGGACUUUGUUCCAGGUUCAGAUCCAACUGGUGAGCAGGGAUGUGUCUACACCUACGGCACGGCAAAAGUGGUCAAGCUAGACGAUGUUGUGGGGAUAACACAGGAAAAAUGUGGCAAACAGCUUUGUAAAGACUGGUUGGAUUUCCGCUUCAACUGCAGCAACGAUGAUUACCGCCGCCAAUUCAGCCUUGAUGGGAAGAUUGUCCCGGUGAAAUACUGUGUCGAGUUCGAUAUUCACCCAGCUUGUGAGGCCAACUGUCAGGCAGAGGCUUGCAAAAACGUGCUGAGCAGCAGUGCAGAGGCUUAUCUUGGCCUGCCGUUCUGGCAGGGUCGAUGUGAUGCCAGGGCCAACGAGCGCCGAGCAGAGAUGGUUGGGUUCGCUAUGGGAGUUCCCGGGGCCUUGGAAAGCCACAACCUGGUGGAGUCCUCCGCGCUGGCCCGCAGCUGCCCAGCGUCGAAAGAUACCAGUUGGUCCUGCAAGCCAUUGCUGGAGUUGGGCUUUGCUGGUCCUUAUUGCACUCGAACUUUCAAUGGAGCCUGUGACCGCUGCUGGAUUCCAGGCACGCAGCAUGGGCCACCCGGUUCUAAGCCUCAUUGUCCUUUGAAUAUUCUGACCAGCUCUACAUACACUGACUUGGCUAUCCAGCCGGUUUGCAAGACACAGGCAGCCUCCGAUGGCUGCUGCCUCUACACAGACACGUGUGAAGGCGAGUCUGAUCCGCAAUCUGCCAAGAUCUCUGAUGAUGGCUUGGCGUUGGUUGCAGCCAGGAAGAGCACAGAGGAUAUGGAAGAGUAUCUGAAACGUGCUGCUCUUCAGAGUCCGCUCUUCAAAGAUCUUCCUCUCUCCGGCGAGAAUUUGAAGUGGGCGGCGUAUUUCACAUGGAGCAGUGCCCCCGUUGGCAUGACACUGGAUCAGGCACUUGCGGAGUUAAAGCUGUUCCUGGAGUCGAAGCAGCAAAUGAUUCGCCUGAUCACUACCACGACCACCACGCACGCGUUAUCAGUGAGUUUGACAACUCCCAAGCCAUCUGGGCCGGCGUGCGCUGAGAAAUCAGUUUCUUUCGCUCCCUUGGACAUGCCGGGCACGACUAUGUCUAUCUCAUCGCUUCAGCAAUGCCAAGACAGGUGCGCAAAGCAGAAGGGCUGCUUACACUUCUCCUUCCUGGAGCCCCCCGCGGGAGUUGUCAAGGGCAGCUGUCAUUUGAGCGGCUUUUCAGCUGCGCCACAGGUAAACAGCUUGGGUUGGAUAUCUGGUCCUCCCACAUGCUGGAAUGAGGUGAAGGACAAGGGCUUGCUGAUAGACAAGGGGCAUACAACCUAUGUUCCCAUAUCCUUUGCCUGCAUGACCUGGGGCUCCUCUUUCUCUCCUGCUUUGGAUGGUGCUUAUGCAACGCUGGAGGCCAAGGACUUUCCCUCUGAGGAGGAUGCAACUCUGGAAUGCCAGAAGCGCUGCCAUCAACGAAAAGAGUGCACGCACUUCACGGUCCAGUUUCCAUAUAGAUCCUGCAUUCUGGCGGGCAGCUCUGCUAACGUCCUCAGCGGGAUUGUCGGCGCCAUUUCUGGGCCAGCACGGUGCGACAACAGAGCCAUGCAGUCUUUCUAUUGGGAGGUCUUGCCAGAAUCCCAGAAGGCGUUUUGGCGACCGACCCUGCCACAAGCAAUGAACAUCGCUUUGGCGGUCCUGGCUGCGGUAGGUUUAGCUGCUCCAUUCCUGCGCUGCUCUCAGAGGUUGUGGCGGCGACGCCCGUCAUCCUCAGCCAGGGGCGUUGGGCAAGUGGGAAACGGCGAAGACUAUGAUGUGUUGCUGCCCCACGGCUCAGACUCCGAUGUUCCAGCUUGAUGAGACUUGACUGUCCUCACAUGGGACCAUCGUCAUGACAAGCGUAUGUGUCACUUCGCACUUCAUGCAAGAGUGCAAUUCGAUCGGCCUGACCCGACCUGUCAUUUUACCGUUGCCAAGUUGGGUAU